UAUCAAAUCUCAUACCUCACCUUCCUCCGGCCAAAUGACCAGGGCCCACACUAGUGUAAUAUAAUGCAUGUAUUGUUCACAAUACAUCAGUUUAACAUUCGGAGAAACCAAACGAAACCAACAUUUACUUUACUCAAUGAUUGUCAAAACUCAGAACUAUUUUGACCGUCCAGCCCAUAUAAAGGAGGAAGAAAUAAGAGCAUGGCCAUGGCCCAUCAGCCUUCUGGUGCAAGUCAAGCCCAUACAGGAGAACUUGAUUGAAACAAAUACAAAAUACAGAUAUCAAUCGUAACCUUCCAUAACUAAUAGGCACUCAAAUUGAAUAUUUUCCCAAACACUUUUCUUCUUUGCCAAUCCAGCUUCUUAACCCAUUAAAGACCAAAGAAGAAAACCUCGAGAGCUCGAUCCUUUCUUUUCCCCUUCCCAGGCACGCCUCCGAUCGCCCUAACUUCACUUCACACUUCACCGGUGAGUUUGCUUUGUCCUCCUUUUCCAUUUGCGUUGUUUUGGUUUUCUUCUGAAUCCCUAAUUUUCUUUCUCAUGUUUGGUUUCAGUUCGUUAGUCGUCAGAUUAGUCUCUUCCAGAAUGUCGAGUUCGUCGAUUGUGGAGGCGCCGCCGAAGGGUGGGUUCAGUUUUGAUCUCUGCAAGAGGAAUGAAAUGCUCUCCGGGAAGGGCGUCAAGCAUCCGAAUUACAGGAAGACGGGAACCACCAUUGUCGGCUUGAUUUUCCAGGAUGGUGUCAUUCUUGGAGCAGAUACUAGAGCUACUUCUGGACCCAUCGUCUGUGAUAAGAAUUGUGAGAAGAUUCAUUUUAUGGCGCCUAACAUUUACUGCUGUGGAGCAGGAACUGCUGCCGAUACUGAGUCGGUGACAGACAUGGUGAGUUCGCAGCUGCAGUUGCAUCGUUACCAUACUGGCCGAGAGUCGAGGGUUAUUACAGCACUUACUCUCCUGAAGAAGCAUCUUUUCAAUUACCAAGGUCACAUCUCUGCUGCUUUGGUUCUUGGUGGUGUUGAUUGCACUGGGCCUCAUCUACACACGAUAUAUCCCCAUGGAUCAACAGACACUUUGCCUUUUGCCACAAUGGGUUCUGGUUCUCUUGCUGCAAUGGCUGUGUUCGAGUCGAAGUACAAGGAAGGCCUGAAUAAGGAGGAAGGAAUAAAGCUUGUGACUGAGGCCAUAUGUUCUGGUAUAUUCAACGACUUGGGAAGUGGAAGCAAUGUUGAUGUUUGUGUCAUUACAAAGGGGGAAAAAGAAUACAUGAGAAACCACUUAAAACCCAAUCCACGCACAUACGUCAGUGCGAGGGCAUACACCUUCCCCAAGAAGAUAGAGGUCCUCUCAACAAAGAUUACCCCACUGAAGGAGUUAACUCAAGUGGUUGAGGCUGGUGAUGCUAUGGAAGAGUGAAGACAGAAUGACAGAGCUUUGUUUGGAGAUCACUGUACUUUUACCGAUUAGUUUCGAGAACUUGGGGACCCAAUGUGAUGUCGUUUUUGCUGAAUUGCAAAUGCUUGGGGGGAUCUUUUGGAGACUGUUUUAUGUGAUUAGGCUGUAGCAUCUUUAUCUUCACUUCUCUUCUUUGUUCUCUGACUGUCUUGAAUUUAGUUGGAGAACGAUGAAAUGUACUCGAGAAACCAAGUUGGAGGAGGUUCUAUUUAUAUCUGUCUUUGGAUCAAAUUCUAGGAUGUUCAUUUCCAAGUGCAUUCAUCGCAUGCAAUUGGAGCUAUACAUUUUCAAACUGAUUAGCAUCGAAAAAUUGUCUAGUUAGUCAUGUGCAAUGGCAAGCCGAGAUCAAGAAGUGAGUAUCCUCAAGCAUUUGGUUUUCGAUAUUGAUCCAUUAUGCUAUCAAAAAGUAAAAGCUGAUCGAUCAACGAAGAAAAAGCAAAUCAAAUUUAACUUCUAACAAAUUUGUUAUUGUCAUUUGGAGAAACUAAUAUCGAUCUCACUUCUUUCAUCUUCAUGCAAUACUCAAUAGUAAAGUUUGGUUCUCCAAAUUAGUAUCAGCUACAUUACGCUAGUUGUUCCUGAUGAUGCUGCUUGAGAUAAACUUGACUACUUGAG